UUUCCCCGUAACACUUGGCACAUCUCACCCUUACGUGUGUCAACUCCUCUCUUUAAAUGAGGGAAGAGAAAGAGAAGCGGAUAGAGAGAGACCUCUCUUCCCCUUCCCCUUCCCCUUCCCCUUCCUUUGGUUUUCUUCUUGGUUGCAGAGAUAGAAUCUCGUCAAAAAGCCAACAAGCAUCCCAGUGAUGAAGAAGGAAGCUGGUGAUACAAUCUUCCAAUCUUCGAGGAUCAUCUAGCUGUUUGUUUCUCCUCCUGAGGUUGUUGUUCUGGUCUGAUUGGAUUUCGUUCAGAUAUAUAUAUAUAUAUAUAUAUAUACACAGAGAUCACCGACAUUGUUUCCAAAUUCAGGGAAGUUUUUAAUCUUUCAAAAAGCAAAAGAUCUAGUUGUUUGGCCUUGAAGCUUUUGAGCGUUAUAGUAUCGAGUGAGCUACAAGGAAAGAUUUGCGCUAACAGACCAGGAAGGUUAAUAUAUUGCUCAAUCUUCGUCACUGAAGGUUCGGUUAAUUAGUAUCGAACAGUUACUGGUUUAAUUUCAGGGCGGGAUUUGAGUGGAAGAAAAGCAAUCGCGUCCCAAUUUUGUAGUCAGCUGACGUGAAAUUUCUCACUUAAUCACCAAAAGUAUAGAAUAUAGACCGAAUUUUGAAGCUGCAAAGGAUUCUGUUUCGAGAGAAUUUCCGUUUAGUAGUUAGUUUGAUCCGCCGGAAAAAGAGGGAUUUAUAUUUCUUUUUCAGGAGGCGAAAACCAUUGGUUUCACUUCUGUUGGGAAUUUAUCACUCUGCACUGGGCAGUUUUCCAUUCCAAGUCGAACAUAGAAAAGAAUGCUUGAGCAAAAGUAGAAACUGUGGUUGUCUAUGAUGGCGAUAAAACCUUGGAGAUGGUUGUCAAGAAGCAGAAACGUCUCUUUUGAUGGGGGGACACAUGGCUUUAAGAUGAAGCCCCUGCCUUUUAUGAUAAUUGUGUGUACACUUAUGGUGUUGAUUGUGUGUAGAACUACUACAUAUCAGUAUCAACAUGCUGAGAUGGAAAACAGAUUUCGUCCGUUUGGCACUGCCAAGGAUUCUGAAUUGGCUUCUGUCAAUGUGGACUAUUUACCUCAUGGUAUCAUUCAAGCAAACUCAGAUCUGGAGUUGAAGCCUUUAUGGUUGAAAAGUCAUUCCAGGUCAAAGGUUGAUAUUCCUAGUCAUCUGAGCUUACUGGCAAUUCCUGCUGGAAUUAAACAGAAACAAAAUGUUAAUACCAUUGUUCAAAAGUUUUUUGCAGAAAAUUUUACUGUUAUACUGUUUCACUAUGAUGGUAAUGUCGAUGGUUGGCGGGAUUUAGCGUGGAACAACGAGGUCAUUCACAUAGUUGCUCUUAACCAAACAAAAUGGUGGUUUGCUAAGCGUUUUCUACAUCCUGAUGUUGUCUCCAUUUAUGAUUACAUAUUUCUCUGGGAUGAGGAUUUGGGAGUAGAAAAUUUUCACCCUGGAAGGGUUUCUCUUUCCAGAUACCUGGAAAUUAUGAAAUCAGAAGGACUAGAGAUAUCUCAGCCGGCUUUGGACCCUAAUUCUACAGGGAUACAUCAUAGAAUUACCAUCCGGAAAAGAAGGAAGAAGGUCCAUAGAAGAGUCUAUGACACUCGUGGCAGUGUGAAGUGUUCAGAUACAAGUAAUGAACCACCUUGCACCGGAUUUGUGGAGGGUAUGGCCCCAGUGUUUUCAAGAUCUGCUUGGCGUUGUGCUUGGCAUCUUAUCCAGAAUGAUCUUAUUCACGGUUGGGGAAUGGAUAUGAAACUUGGUUACUGUGCUCAGGGUGAUCGAACAAAAAGGGUGGGAGUCAUUGAUAGCGAAUUCAUUGUCCAUCAAGGGAUCCAAACCCUAGGGGGAAAUUCUGCCAUAAAGGCAUCUAAAGAUACUGAUCACGUGAAGAGACGAGGUGUUCCAGCAGUUGAUGUGCGAUCAGAGAGACGAGGUGUUCCAGCAGUUGAUGUACGAUCAGAGAUAAGGAGACAAUCAACAUCGGAGCUUAAAAUCUUUCGAAAGCGGUGGGACCAGGCUGUCAAAGAGGACAUUGAAUGGACUGACCCGUUCAAGAGAAGCCAAAGAUGACAUUGGCACGGCUGAGGUUUACCAAAUUUUUUUGUUAAAUUUAUGCAUUCUUUAGUCUAGAUCUCUGUUCCCUGUUUCUUAUGUCAUUUUAUUCAGUCUGUUGAGGCCCAUUGAAUCACAGAUAUUAUAUUAUUGCCAAAAAAAAAAAAUCACAGAUAUUAAGUGUUUGUUCUUGAUGUCUAGUUAUUUUCAUGGCAUCAGUCAUUUGUAUUUUAUUAAUUUUGUUUGUAUUCAUUCUUGGAAUAGAUUUUGGACGCCGAUUCUUCUCCAUUUUCUUGCUUUAGAACUUAGACAAUCUAUUCUGAGAAUGCAUACCUAUCAAGUUUAAGGCUA